AUGACUGUUUUCACUGUUCCGAUUGGACUCACGGAAUUUCAACGAGAUUUAAUUGAAAUACUAUUAUCUAUCCAUCAUGAAACAUUAUUAAAAGAAUUGGGUAUAACAUCUUCUUCUUCUAACUCCAUUACAACGUCAUCUGAUGCCAAUGUUUUAACUAGUAAGGCGCAUGCUCAAAUUGGUACACAUUAUCCAACUUUUACUUCAAGACAAAUGCUAUAUCUAUUAGACACACAUAUUAGAGCAGUGGCUAAUCAUCCAUGUUUAUUAGUAGACCAUUAUAUGCCAAGACAAUUUUUAAGAAUGGAACCUAAACAGAGGUUGAUUGAUCCAAGUAAUAAAUUUUAUUUUCUACAAAAAUUAUUGUUUGAAUUAGUAAAUUAUCAAUCCAAAGAUUUCGGUUCGUUAUCUAUCACGCUUGUUGCACAUUCAAUGAAAGAAUUAGAUUUAAUCGAGGGUCUUCUCUUAGGUCAAAAUUUUAAUUUGAAAAGAUUAUCUGGUACAACAUUAUAUGAUGAGAAAACCGUUUAUUCACGUGGAAAUCAGGUGAAUGCCAAUUUGUCUUCUUCGUCUUCUUCUUCUAUCACUACUUCUACUUCUACUUCUACCUCUUCAUCAGUAUCACCUAUUGUAUCUUCUUCUUAUACAUCCACUUCUCCCUCGUCUUUAUAUACCAAUACAAUAUCUGAUUCAAAUCAAACAAAUUCAAACUUAAAUAGAUAUACAGGUUAUUUUAAGGAUAAUUAUUACUAUACAAAUAAGAAUAGAAAUAGUUACAACUCUUACAACAAGAAAAGGAAGUUGGAAAAUGAUAAUGGGAUGAAAAGGAACUGGAUAUUUUUAGCCACCACAAAGCAUUUAAUUCAUGAUGAAGAUUUGUUGCGUCGUUAUGAUACAAACUUGAUUAUUGCAUUUGAUCCAAUGAUUAAUGACACUAUGCCAUGUUUAAAUAUUCCAAUCAUCGGACAACAAUCACAGACUCGGGCCAAUGGGAGGUUCAGAAGAAGUAAUGGUACAGUAUAUCAGCAAAAACGACAGAAACAGAAGAUCAAGUCAUAUAAAAAGAUCCCAAUUAUAAAGUUACUAGUAAUGGAUUCACCGGAUCACUAUAUUCUUGAUCAGAAUUUAAAUAAUGAACAAGAUGUGGACGCAGAAUAUGAUAAUAUUAAAAAAUCCUUGGUUUAUUUUUUUAAAAAUAGGGAGCAUAUUGGUAUUGAACAUAGAGGUAAUAAUGUCGAUUUCAACCAAUUGAUAACACAAGCACUAGCUUCGAUUAAUGAUAGCAGUAUUCAAGGUACUCAAUUAUCUCUGUCAGAUCAUGUCAAUGCUGCUCAGAAAGAAAUUUCCUCGGAUUGGUUUCACCCACAAUUUCAAAAAAAUUAUAAUAGCGCAUUGACAUCUUUGGAUGUUUCUUUGCAUCAAUUCAAUGUGAGGAAUUAUCAAUUUGAAUUGAUGCGGAAGACUCUGACCAGAUUGAAUGAAAUUAAUAGUAUAUAUGAUUUGAAUAAUAAUAUUCUAAUAAAUAAAAGAUUAGAAGAAACAGAGAGACAAAAUUUGCUAGAUUCGCUUAAAAAAAGUAUUGGUGGCAACUUUAAAAUUUUUCAAUCAAGGGAAAAAUUAAAAAAUGAUACAGGAAAGAGUCUUGAGAGUGUGGCUACUGAGAAUGGGAAAAUUAAAAUUAUUUAUAACAAUUUAAAAGGAAAAUAUGAUGAGUUAAAUACGGUAUUUCAAGAAAUUAUAGAAGACGAAGAUCUAUUAAAUAAAAAAAUGAUGGAAUAUGAAACUAAAAACAAUAUAUUGAAAAGUCAACUGGAUGAUUUACUAGAGAUAAAUAAGAAGAAGACAGAAGAUGAGGAUGAAUUGAGAUCAAUAUAUCAAACUGAUUCCAAUACAGCAGCAAAUAAAUCGUUAGAAUUGAAGAAUUGGGAAAAAUCGAAACAAUUUUUAGAAGAGAAACAGAAAAACGCACAAUGGGCAGAAUUAAGUUAUAAUUCUCUCUUGAGUUCUAAAUAUGAUCUAGAAAGAGAGAUUCAGCAAAUGAAGAAGACAAAUCAGUUUCUUAAAAAUUAUAUUGAAACAAUUACUGAAUUGAAUUUUAAACCGACUUCUCAAAACAAUAGUGAAUUCGUGGAGGGAAAUAAGAAGAUGCAUACAAAUAUGUCAAAGAAUAAAAAAAGCAGGAUAUCAUCUUCUGUAUCUAGUAACUCAGUAAAUGUAGUGUUUGCCUCCUCUUCGUCAACAACAUCAGCAGGUAUUACUACUAAAAACUCAUCGCCAGAAUCUCGUAUCAGGCUAACUAGAUCUAAUUCUCCAAAUUAUACAUAA